AUGACAACAAGUAAACAACAAACUUGCAAAGGAAAGAUACUAUUCCUUCACGGGUACACCCAGAAUGCGUCCCUAUUCUAUGCCAAGACUUCAGCAUUGCGCAAGAAAAUUAUCAAAUUAGGUUAUAAAUGUCAAUACUUGAAUGCUCCAUACGUAUUAACUCCAAGUGACUUGCCCACAAACGAUUCCUUAUCGAAAUUUGGCUCAUCCGAUCAAGGUGAUGUCACAUAUCGCGGGUGGUGGGUUAAGUUGGGUAAAACUAACGAUGGGAUAAACAUGGAUGAUUCGAUUGAAUCAUUGAAAAGAUAUAUCCUCAAGGGAGAGAUUAUUCCUGACGACAAAGAUGAAGAGCUCGGCAAAGAAGAUGACGACGAUACAAAGUUGCCUAUUGUUGGGUUAAUAGGAUUUUCCCAGGGUGCUGCAUUUGCUGGUCUUGUGGCGGAAAAGUUUGGUGAACUAUUCAAUACUACGCCAUUGAAAUUUGUUAUUUUGUACUCUGGGUUCAAAUUAGAUACCAGUAAGAAGUCAGGAAAUGAACAAUACGAUACAUACUAUGAGCCCAUGCUGAAUGGGUUGAGAUAUUUGCAUGUUUAUGGAGAGUUGGAUACAGUUGUUUCCGAAGAUCGAAGUUUGUCGUUGUACAAUAUCACCAAGGAAAAAUCUGAUUUAUUGAAACAUCCUGGUGGUCAUUUUGUACCUAAUUCGAAAUUGUAUAUCGAUCAAGUUGUGAAUUGGAUACAAAGUGAUAACAAACUAAGGGAAGCGGAGAAGGAAGAGAAAAAGGUGGAUGAUAUAGACUCGUUAUUAGAAAUGAUGGACAAUAUAGGUAAAGCUUAA